CGGGAAUGACCGAGUAGGUACGGUUGGGCUAGAAAUUGCGAUACAUGUAUCUUUAAUAUCCGACAAGAGUGGGAGGCAGAUAAAGUGAAAGUAUAGAUUAGAAGAAAACAGGGGCAGUCGACUGACAUUUUCCAUUCUUGAAUAGUAUUUGACAUGGCAGACAAAAGAGAUCUUUUUCCAGAGAUAGAACCUUAUGACACAGGGGUGUUAAAGGUAUCAGACUUACAUUCCAUCUAUUAUGAACAGAGUGGUAACAAGAAUGGAAACCCAGUUGUUUUCAUUCAUGGUGGUCCUGGUGGGGGUACAAGUCCUAGAGACAGACGAUUUUUUGAUCCAGAAGCUUACAGAAUAAUCCUGUUUGAUCAGAGAGGAGCAGGAAAGUCUCUUCCAGCAUAUGAACUUAGGGAAAAUACAACAUGGGAUCUGGUGGAUGACAUUGAAAAACUAAGACAACAUCUAAAAAUAGAUAAAUGGGUUGUGUUUGGAGGAAGUUGGGGAUCUACGUUAGGACUAGCAUACUCCGAGACACACCCUGAUAAAGUGAAAGCUGUUAUUUUAAGAGGGAUUUUUACUUGUCGCAGGAGAGAACUACUAUGGUUCUACCAGGAUGGAUGCAGUUUAAUAUAUCCGGACAAAUUUGAAGCCUACAAAGACCAUAUUCCUGAGGUUGAACAAGGAGAUUUGAUAAGUGCCUACUAUAGACGUCUAACAAGUGAAGAUGAAAAAACAAGACUUUCUGCUGCUAGGGCAUGGAGUACUUGGGAAAUGAUCACAUCAAGAAUGUUUAUUGAUGAUGAAUUAGUGCAGAAAGCAGAAAAGGACACCUGGUGUUUACAGUUUGCCAGAAUUGAAUGCCAUUAUUUUGUUCAUGGUAUUUUCAUGAAGUCUGAGUCACAGUUAUUAGACAAUGCAGAUAAAUUAAGCAACAUUCCUGUUACAAUAAUUCAAGGUCGUUAUGACGUAAUUUGUCCUGUAGAAACAGCAUGGCUACUACACAAGAAAUUGCCACAUGCUGACUUCCACAUAGUUCAGGAUGCUGGUCAUUCAACCAAGGAAGAAGGAAUUCAGUCACAGUUGAUUGGAGCUACACAAAAAUAUAAACAUUUAUAAUUAUUUAUGUUUAUCAUGUUCAUAGGAUAUGAGAAAUUUCUUUUGAACUUCCUUAACAAUGCUUAUACAAGCCAAUAAACAGAAAAUAUUUAUAAAAGUUAUAGUUGAAUGAUUUUUAAUCAGAUAAACCAGUGAUUGAAAUGAAUUUUAAUGUACAUUUGAUCAAGUAUGAAUAUCUAGUUUUCACAUAAUUAAGCAAUACCGAUGUUUCAUUGAUGUUUAAAUUUGCUACAGGACAUUCAGAUAUAUAAAGAACUAUUAAUUAAUGGACAAAUUUAAUUCAACUUAACCCGUAGCAGACAGGCAUUUGGAAAUCUGAUAAACAGAAACUUUGCUGAAGGAGAACAUAAUUAUUUUCAAUGAUUGUGAUAAAUAAUUACAAAAUCUUCAAUUAUGAAUCAAUGCAGCCUUACAUUCCAAUAAAUCAAUAAAGCCUUA